AUGAUAAUUACAACAUGGAUUGUGUACAUUCUCGCCCGGAAAGGUGCCGGCUUCCCCUUCCCGCCGAAAGUCAGUUCGGAUGUGGAAGUUGUGGAGAGCGAGGCUGUGUCUAUAGUACAGCACUGGUUGAAAAAAAUUGAAGAAGAGGCUUCCCAGGACAUAAAGGAGAAGAUGUCCACCAACUGCCCUCCCACGCAUGGCCAAGAUGCACAUGUGACCAGAGACACGGUGAAGCACCACCUCUCAAAGUCUGAUUUGUUAACAAACCAGAGUCAGGAGGUCCUGGAGGAAAGAACAAGAAUCCAGUUCAUAAGAUGGAGCCAUACCCGCAUCUUCCAAGUGCCAAGCGAGGUGAGAAAUGAUGCCAUGCGAGAACGGAUAGAGCAGGUGAGACGAAGCAUAUGCCAUCUUACGGAUGAGGCAUCUCAGGAGCUUCACAAGAGAAAUUCCUACUCAGACUGCUGA